CAUUAUUCGAACAAGUCCGAUUGAAAUAAAUCACUUGUACUAAAACAACUGAUGCAAUAUUCGUUAUUGUUUCUAACAUAGCAUAACUUUAAUAUAAAUUAACCAACCAUACAAUUUUAGAGUGUCAAAAAUCGUUAUAUCAUGCUGCGAACUCUUGACUGUGAAAUGAGAAACAAUGUCAAAUUAUCAGUGUUCACAGUGUAUGGCAAUAGCCAAGUCUCCAGAUUUUAAUAGUUUAGAAGCGAUAAUUUCCUUUCAAGUUGUUUUCUUCUUCACAUUCGUUUUCCAUCAAGCUCUACUGAAUUCGUCGGGCACUUCAGCGACGUACAUUGAGAAAUUUUUUCUCCCCAACGUUUAGUGAGAAAAGGAACGAGCUGAAUCGAAGGUUAGCACUACGUAAUUUGAAUGAAUAUAUCAAACGAGUUCCAUCGUCUUAACAUCGACAGUCGACAGUAACAAAGGCUCGAAAGGAGACUAAUACAGCUGUGCUAUCGGUCGAGAUAUUGGCUCAUUAAAAAGUGCCCUUUGUCGAGUGUCAGCUAGAAAUUCAUUCGUCGCAUGCACGUCACAGAAAUUUUUGGUACGGCCUUCACCUCAGAAAGAGAUCCAACAUAUAGUAGCCACUAAGCUACACUAUUUGUUAUUUAAAAGAGAUUGUAUGAUCGUUUUCAUGCCAUUUUUAUCUUCGCCUUGCUCUUCCUGAACUUUCUACCUCCAUAUCACUUCCAUGAUAUUUGGCAAUUUGUCACCGUCCCAGACUGCCUCCUCGUUCGAAAUCUCUGUGAGAGUCUGGUGAGAAGAUCACGAUGGAGUCUCUUCGUCCAAAUCGGCAACUAUUGAAUCCAAAAUUUGAAGGUUAUAAACUAGCUUUGGACCCCCUGACACUGUCGUCCACUAGAUUACUUUCUUCAGUGAAUAAUGUACCGCUCAGAGAGGAGUCGUUUUCCCUUCAACACAUUCGAGCCUUUGGAAAUCAUAACCAUCUGGUGAUUGACUCUUGGACUGAUGGCGGGAAAACUGAAGUUGUUUAUUUCGUUAAUGAAAACUACGAAGUUGAAAGGGCAGUUGUCAAAGACACAGAUGUUUCAUCCAUUGAUACAGUAUUCAAAACACCGGCAGUAGAAAAAACUGAAGAAAGCUUGAACUCAACACUGUUUCUUCCUUCACAAUCUCUGGCUUGUUUGUGUGAUGGAAGUGGGAAACUCUACUUGCUGCAAACAGGUGACAGAAUAAGAGAUUGUUCUCAGAAUACAAGUUGGAAGGUAGGCUCAGUUUACCAGUUUGACCAGCCAUCUUUGAUCCUUCAUGCUGUUCAAAGCCCAGAAACUGGAUGUGUCAGUUGCUUGUUAUUGAGUAUCACGGAAAAUGAUGCUUCUACGUCAGUGAAAGAUGCUCACAAUGUUCAUUUGGAGUUGAUCACCUUUUCACAAGUGAAUUGCUCAGCCACAGGUUCCAUAAGUUACAGUUGCGAGAUGCUGCAACAGUUCAGAGGUCACAGUGCACCAGUGUAUGCUGGCAUUGAGUGUGGUGGUACAGCUAUUUUGGUGGCAAGUGAAAGACCAUUUUCUCUGGUGAAAGGUGACAGUGAGGAAAAGCCAUCAGGGUCAUUUCAUUCUGCAGAUGAUGUUAUGGCUGAGGUAAAGUCCCACAGUUCUUCAGUAAAAGUAUACAAAUGGUCACAGGAUAGUGAAGACGUCACUGUAAAAUUUGUUCUACCAGAUGGCACCAAGAAAGAUGAUAUAGCUUGUAAUGUAACAGCAGAUUCUGUGGACCUUCAAAUUGGGAAAGAGAUUUUGUUGAGUGGUCCUCUUUAUGCAAAAGUAAAUUCAGAGGAAAGCACAUGGACAGUCGAGGAAAAUAGGUGGAAAAGUCACGGGCAACUAAGAUGUCAUUUAGUAAUGACGAAUUUGAAGAAUGUGAUGCUUUCCCAGAGGAUAUUGAAUAUAUUUUUCGGUUGGAUGUUAAAACUGGAGAAUUAACACACAAGGUUUGUUUAGCAAGUCAUCAGUGGAUCUUCAAUGCAUCACUUGAUAAGAGUCUUCCUCCUGCCUUCUGCAUACGUCAUGAUGUUGAUGCCCUUGUGUGGCAGCCCAAGGCACACUCAGACAGUGAGGCUAACUGGAUUCACACCGGAACAUUUAAUGCUUUAGGUUAUGUCCAGGCUGCUAAAAGGGAUCGCAAGUUCUCCACAUGUGCCCCAGAUCUGUCCUAUGCUGUGAUAUGUGACAACACAAGACAUGUUUAUGUUUACCAACAACCUGUAGGGAGUGCUAAACAUGCCAAUCAACAAGUUGUAACAUUGACAACUCCUGACAAUGAAAUCCUUGGGCUCCAAGCAUCUAAUAAUAGGAUUUUUGUCUUGACUAGACAAGCCGUGCAUGUUGUGACAGUCAAGUAGAAUGCUAUGUCAAAUAUUAAGAAAUUUCAAAUUAGCUUUAUUAAUAUAAUUCACAUACUGGUAGUCUGUAUUUCCAUGAAUAAGUGCCCACACUCUAAUAAGUGCUCACCCCUCUGCCAUAAUGUCAAAAAAGAACCACACCCCCUCAAUUUUUUUAAAUAGCAAGGACACACAGAAAACCUGUUUUCCUUACCACUUAAUAACUUUUAAGCUACAACUACAGCGGGAAUCAGUAAAAGAGAAUAAUUUCUUUUAUGUUAAGUCACUUCCAGUUCUUUCUAUCAUCAUGUUAUUUAAGAGUUCCUUAAUGUGAGUUGUCUUUUUUUUCCUCUUGCGGUGCUAAUUUAAUAAGUACCCUCCUUGAAUAAAUGCCCUCCUUCCAAUGAGCACCCUCCCUUUUAGCCAAAAUUUUAAAUAAAAGCCUGGGCACUUAUUUGAGGAAAUGCACUUUUUUUAUUUGGAGUUUUUAGUUCCUUCUAUUGUUGGAGGAGACUUGUAAAAAUAGAGCCAGGUGACUUAUGACGGGAAAAUAGUUUUAAAACAAUGAAAGUGGAGAUUAACAAUGGGAAAGGUCAAAUAGUAAUUUUUGUACCAAUGGAUAUUCCAUGAGGUGGCUCUUGUUGUCCAGUGUUUCCAAAAAGAAUUGGAAAUUAGAGUGUUGGUUUUUGUGGAGAGGAAAACCAAAGAACCUGGAGAACAAACCCUCGGAGCAAAGACAAGAACCCUUGACAAACUCAAUCCACAUGUGGCACAAAGUCUGGGAAUGAAACCUGAGCUGCAGCAAUGGGAGCAGAGCACACUAUCACUACAGCACCACACCCACUUCCUGUUUCUUUGUCAAAAUUGCGCAAAAUCUUAUGACAGCAGAAUACCUUUACAAAUGAAAUGAACAAUGUCAACCUCUUUAUUUCUUGUAUCUCCAUUAAAAUUGUCUUUCCUUAAAUAAUUUUAAAAUUAUUAAAAUAUUAAAACUGUG